AUGUCUGACUUUAACGAGUCAUUUAAUGCUUUGUGUCUUGCUGUUCCUCGAAUACGCCAGGUUUUAACAAAUAUUGGGUUUGGUAGAUGGGCAAGAGCUCAUUGUCCCGGCAAUCGAUACCACUAUAUGACAUCUAAUAGUGCGGAGUCUAUUAACUCUUUGUCUAGAUUCUCGCGUAAGAUGCCGAUAACGCAACUUAUCGAAUUUUUCCGCGAGUCUGUACAAAAAUGGUUUUAUGACCGUCGAUUGCAGGGCAUGCAGGAGAGCCAUUCACUUACUCAGUGGGCACAGAAGAAAAUUUUAAAGAAAAUUGAAGGCUCUAGAACCUGGACUGUUGCAGGCAUCCGGGUAAACAACUUUGUUGUUGAUGAUGGUGGGAAAAGGGGUGUAGUUGAUCUUUCGAAUCGUUCGUGCAGCUGUCGUGUCUGGCAAGUUUCGGGUUUACCUUGUGGGCAUGUGAUUGUUGUUUCAAGAUUUUUGGGUGAACCUGACUGUAGUCAUUAUGCUUUCUCGUGUUACUCAAACGAAGUAUACAAAAAAACGUAUGAAGAAUCGAUUAAUCCUCUGCCUCAUAGGUCUGAAUGGGUAAUACCAGAAGGCCUUGGCAGUGUAUUACCGCCGAAUAUUACAAAACGUCAAUCAGGUCGUCCAAAAGAAAACAAGCGAAUCUUGUCUCGUGGGGAAGAACCUGUUCCGGUAUAUUGUUCGCGUUGCCGAACAUACGGACAUGUUCGUGACGUUUGUUUAGAUCCAAUGAAAUCACAGAUUCGUUCACAAAAAUCAUCAGGCAAAGGAAAAGAGAAAGAGACAGAAACGCAGAGUUCAACGGAUGACAUUUUUCCAUCUUAUAAUUUAGCAGAAUUUUAA